UUGUACGGACCCUUUGUUAAAGGAUGUCUUAACACCGAACUUACGGCUCGGAGAGAGAUGUGGAUAUCAAUGCGUAAGCUAGUGAACGGGAACGGCAAGCCAUGCUUCCGACGAGGAGCAGACUACUGUGACGAGGAGGGUGCACACCACGAGUGGGUCAGAGAUGGAGGCGGAGGAGGAGACGCGCUCGUCGUUCUUCGCUGGCGGGACAACGACGAGCUUACGCCGCUCCGUAAGAGACCGCUGAGGAGGGAGUCAGAUGGGAGCCCCACUGGUGGCAGUGCCAAAUCCUCACUCGUGAAAAGAGGGGAGGCGAAGAUGGCGACAGUGACAGGGCUAGGGAUGAGGAAACGGCGGUGA